AUGGCAACACAGACCGUCUUGAACGGAGGCAAUGGAGCCGGUGGAGACUCUCGACCUUGGGCGGACUCAGUGUCGUCGAUUCGUCUGCCUUCCACCUUCACAAUCCAACCACAAGAUGAGAGGCUCAAACGGUCUUCCAAGCCAGGUCAGUCCUUGGAUACACCAGCGGCCUCUCCGAGUACAACGAUUCCACCACUCAGCGUACUUUCUAAUUUCACCGGUACAUUCCAUGGGACAGGCUUCAACACCAUAUUCCGACCAAAUAACGGAACGAGUAGUAACACUACCUUUCCCAUCCCGGUGUCUCCGGCCCCACCGGCAGUACCAAACGACAAUACGUUAGAGCAAAAUUUGACCCAAGAGACUCUGGCCUUCGCCCAGUCUCUCGGGAAUGUUCCGAACCGUGGUUCUGGCACACAAGGCGAUAUUUUCCUUAACGGCGUACCCUACGCCCAAACCAUCAACGAUGUAACAAAUACCGCCACUGGCAAGGCAGAUGGUACUCCUUCUGGUAUCCAUUUUGAGCCAGGACUGUGGAUGCACAUCCCGGCUACCACUUCCGAUCCCAUUGUUCCCGAGUCGCUGAACCGUAUGGGCUCAAUCCCUCAUGGCACCACGAUUAACGCUCAAUGUCCCGACCCGACUUCUACGGUCGGCACCGUCGAGGGACCACCGAAGAUUCCACCGGUUGAUAUAACACCAACCAUCAUCGCGACGGGACAGUUGUUCACCUUCCCCUCUCAAACGGCCACCAGCACUGAGACUGCCCGCUUGCCACAAGACCUAGCCAAGUUCAUCACGGCGGGCACUAUCACCCAGGCUAUACUAACCGAUCCGGCCACCGUUCUACGUAAUGCUAUCGUGGGUCAGAAUAUUACCAAGACCAUCUUCUUCACUGUCGCAACUACUCCAGCGUCACCUGAACUAGGCGGCGGCACUGCUAAUACCGGUUUCCUAAGUGGAGCUACCACUGGGAUAAACACUGGUCCUAAUGCCCAAGCGACCACCAUGACAGCGACCUUCUGGAUCGAGACCGUGCAAUACCAGCUCGAAGUCCCAGCUUGGAAACCAGGCCAUCCCGCUAUAAUCAUCCAGGCGCCAGUUCCGAAGGGAAAUACCAGUGGCGUCCCCACGCCAACGUUCCUGGUCCAUCCGCCGUGUGAAAUUUCGAAACCCCAGACAAUCACGGUUUCGGCGACUCAAAUUCAGUACUCACAGCUUGUCAAUCUUGUGUUUGCUGGGUUGAUCUGGCCGCAUUCCUCUCACGCUACGUUGGUGCCUCUGGAUCCGGUGCCUGUCCCGGCCUCGGCGUUCGGUAAUGUGAAGGAAGUGGCCGUUAAUGAUUAA